UUCUAUACUUGAUCCGUGGCCUGUGGCCUGUGCAGGCGUACACAUUGGGAAUUAAUUUCUUUCUAUUAAAUAUUUCAAUUUAUCGAUUCUAAGCGUUUUAUUUCGUAUAUUUGAUUAAUUUUUCUUCAACUUCAAAUGGGUUAUAUCUAUACACAACAAUACAAUAGUUCCUUUAAAAUUCACCUCCUCAUCUGUAACGUUCCUCUUUCUUCUUAUUAUCUCCGUUUAUCAAAUUAUACAGUUCUUAAGUAAACAUUAUGUUUCAGUUAUAAUUUCUUUCGUAAUGUAGCGAUACAAUGAUGCAAUGAAACAAAAAAUAUAACGUUUACUUCUCUCAUUAUCAAUACUCUUGAGUAUAUUUUCUAAUUGCAUAACGUAUCAAUAAUGUUUUAACCUUAAAAAAUACUCAUAAUUUUAACACGUUCGUCGCCACGUCGCACAUAUUCGUGCAACGGGUAUACUUCUGUGGGGGCCCCGUCACCAACGUAUGGUGACGCUCCUCUUGUUCGAGUUAAUUAAAUAUACAAUAUUAUAUAUAAGUUUGGGCUCGAAGUGAAAUAGCGGCCACGGUCGGAUUUGGGCCCCGCAGGAAACAUAGCCGAACAUUCCUAAUUCAUAUACUGUUUUUAUGUAAUUGGGGAAUAUUGUAACGAAUUUCGUAAAAGACACUUUUUAUCAGUGAUCAAAUCAGCUCGACCUAUAGCUAAUAUAGUUUUGUACGUGGUACCGAUAAAAGAUUCGUCAGUUUGGAAUACUAUUUGUUGAAUUGAACGAGAUAAAUGGGUAAUCCAAAUGAAUUAAGAUCGAUAUGGAGGAACGCCGAUGCCAUUACCUUCGAUGUCGAUUCGACUGUGAUACAAGAGGAAGGAAUUGAUGAACUUGCAAAGUUUUGUGAAAAAGAAAACGAUGUUAUUGCGUUAACAAAUCGGGCUAUGCAAGGAGAUCUGACAUAUCGACAGUCUUUGGUUGAGAGGUUGAAUAUUAUAAAACCAAGCUUUAUGCAAAUAAAGCAAUUUCUGACCUCACGUCCAUUAAAACUUUCACCUGGAAUUAAAACACUGAUAACAGCUCUACAAAUUCGUGAAAAGCAAGUAUUUUUGAUAUCCGGUGGAUUUCGUUCUUUAAUUGCACCAAUUGCCACAUGUCUUAAUAUUCCAUUAGAAAAUGUUUUUGCAAACAGACUUAAGUUCUAUUAUACGGGAGAAUAUGCAGGAUUUGAUGAAGAUCAACCUACUGCAACAAAUGGUGGGAAAGCAAAAAUAAUAGAGCAACUCAAAAAUGAAAAAGGAUUUACAACUGUUGUUCAUAUUGGUGACGGAGCAACAGAUUUAGAAACUAUUUCAGUAGUAGACCUAUUUAUAGGAUAUGGAGGAAAUGUGAUCAGAGAGAGCGUAAAACAACAAUCAUUAUGGUAUAUUACUGAUUUUAAUGAACUUGUGAAUAUUUUGUAAACGUAAACAAUACGAUAUUUCUUAUAAAUAUUGCGAUAUUUGAAUAAUUUUAACAAUAAUCAAUAAGUAAAGGAUCAAAGUUU